AUGUCUGGCGGACAGAAAGUCCCAAAGAACUCUGACGAGGCUGAGGUGGGCGACCCGGAAGUGAACGACGACGAGCCGGAGGAGCCGGCAGUCCCCCAGCGCAGCAUCACCAAAGUCAAAGCACUGUACGGGAAGCAAGACUCUGAGGUGAGGUAUCAGUCGGAGACCGAGGAGCCAGUCGAUGCCGCCGAGAACAAGGAGACGGCUCGGUAUGCGUUUCUCGUCCGCAAGCUGAUAUCAUACGAUAGUCGCAAGAGAUACGAGAUGCACCCCAUCAUCGUCCAGUCACCGUGGUUGAAGAAGGCGCUCGGAGUGAUUCUCGAAGGUUACCCCCAAUAUCACCACGAACCUCGACCGCCUCAACGAAUUCGAAGAGGGAUGUCGAGCGAGAACACCUCCAGCUCUUUCACUAUGUCUUGUUUGAGGAGCUCAAGAACACCAUCGCAAGCAAAGACCGACCUGGUCAAGAACGGCGGCAUCACCUUCGAGUAUUUGUGGACCAUCUUUGAGCCACAGACGCUGGUCUACAGCGUGGCUGCUGGAAAGGAGUGCGUGUUCAAGCUCGACACGUUCCAAAAACCCUCACGCACCAACGAGGAGAGCUCGAUUUCAUCCAACUCGGUGUCUGAACCACGAGUCCCCCGGGACGACUUCGAUCAGCUCGUUCCACGCAGAUACUCUUGGAAUUCCAUCCUGAAAAUGAACAGCUCAUGGCGCGUCUCGUCCUCCGCGGCAAACUGUUCGAAAGCUGCGCCGGCUACCAUUACAAGGUAUACCGAGAGUGGCUCUGGAAUAUGGCCGUUACGGCAUGAUCCGGCACAACACCGAGUCAUGGAUCAUCAUCUCGACUGUGAAGCACAUAAUCGAUUCUUGCCAGUAAGUGCGGUUUACUUCAGCCCCCUCUUCCCAAAGACAACGAAGCCGCCCAAGGUCGUUCCGGAGUCUGACGACAAGGCAGAAGCGAUUGACAACUACAAACAUGCAAGCAAGAAGUGGUUGUGGUUCUUUGUGGAGAAAGUUGAAGAGAUCGAGUUCGCCAAAAAUGCGUUCGGAUCGAAAGAGCAGAAGUCCUUGAUCCGUAGUUUUGUCGAGUCAGGCGUCAAGUACAAGGAUGACUUUGACGAUGUGAUUGCAGGCAAAGGCCGCGGCAUGAUCAUGCUCCUCUCCAGUCCACCCGGCGUGGCGAAGACUCUGACGGGUGGAUCUGUGGCCGAGGACAUGCGUGUCCCAGUCUACGUGAUGUCGGCCGAAGAUCUUGGGACCGACCCAUCGAGCAUUGAAGUGUCACUCAAUCUCGUUAUGGACAUGGCCAGGAGGUGGAAUGCUAUUCUGCUCUGGACGAAGCCGAUGUGUUUUGGGAAAGGCGCUCGUUGA